AAAUUCCAGAGCAUGUGAUGAGUAUUGUCAUUUAACUCAAACCUUAACUUGGUUCAAUAGCAGUGACGUGCGGUGGUGGUUUGAGGAACAGAACAGUUUCACGACUUCGAUUAAGAUCAUCUAGGAAACUAGUGCUUCUAUUUUAGACAUUUUUCACAUCGACCAUAGAAGCACUGAAUUGUUUUUAAUAAUGCAUUUAAAAAGUAUUUUCCUUGAUCAUCUGAUAGAAACAGUUAGCCUAGUCGGAGGAUAGCAGUGCUACAGUUCGAACCGUGCGUCAUUCUCUGCUUCUAUUCCAAUCCAAUCUCCAAACAGCAAGAACUCUUCGGACGAAAACCUUAAACUCGGAAACCAUCAGAGGAAGACCUAAACUGCAGGUGACUCGCGGAAAAAGAUGACGGCAAUGAGAUUGAUUUCCUGGCUUUUGCUGCUGGUGUUUAUGCAGUCCGGAGUUUUUGCCGCAAGAAGAUUCCGAGGUGGUCGCAACCCGCAACCACGACGGACACCGCUUCUCCCACAUACCGGGACCGGGGGACACACGGAGAGUUUCCUUUUGGAUUUCACCGCCGUCGAAGAGAACAUGGACAACUUCAUGACGCAGGUGAAGAACCUGGCGCAGUCCCUACCGUGUUCGGCGCAGAAGCUCGACUAUGAUAUGAAGCUGCACUUUUAAAAUACUUCAGUCACGUGCAACGAUGGAACUCCAGCAGGGUACUACMUGAAAGAGUCCAGAGGGAGCAGACGGUGGUUGAUAUUCUUGGAGGGCGGCUGGUACUGCUUCAACAAAGAGAACUGUGACAGCCGAUACGACACCAUGAGGAGACUGAUGAGCUCGUCCAAGUGGCCUCAAACCAAAACAGGUACUGGGGCAGCGUGGUGCCAGAGAGGUGUAGACAGGUCCACCUGGGGGAGGAGUGGAACUGUUUCUUUGGCUACAGAGUGUUCCCCUCCAUAAAGAGCCCAGUGUUCGUGGUCCAGUGGUUGUUUGACGAGGCCCAGCUGACCGUCGACAACAUCCAUCUGACCGGUCAGCCCGUCCAGGAAGGGCAGUGGCGGUACAUCCAGAACCUAGGCAUCGAGCUGAGGAACACGCUCAAAGAUGUCCCGGCCAUGUUUGCUCCAGCUUGCCUCUCACAUGAAGUCAUCACAAGGAAUUACUGGAUCGACGUUCAGGUCAAAGGCACCUCCCUUCCCCGAGCCCUGCACUGCUGGGACCGCAGUCUCCAAGACAACAGCCGGAGCAACAAGGCCCCUCCCAAGGGCUGCCCCGUCCAUUUGAUUGACAGCUGCCCCUCACACUGCAACCCCACCUGCCCCACCAUCAGGGACCAGUUCACGGGGCAGGAGAUGAACGUGAUCCAGUUCCUCAUGCACAUGGGCUUUGACGUGCAGAAGAGCCAGCAGCAGGGCAUGGACCCCGGCAAGCUACUGGGGAUGCUGAGCAGCGGGAGCUAAGGAGACAGGAGUAAAGUCUUAGUACAUUAGACUAAACCAGGGGGCUAUGGGGCCAAAUCCUAACUUUGAGAUCCCAGAAAUAUGCUUUAAAAAAAAAUAUUUGUUUUAAUCUCCCAUUGACAUCAAUGUUUGAUUUAAAGGAUAGUUCACUUUUUGGGGGGGGGGGGUGUUUAGCUUAUUUUCAACUUGAAGUAGCCUUUUAAAGCAAAAGACUUGAGUUUUGUUUGUGGAUCUCAAGGUAGGAUUCGACACCAAGUCUGUUCCCCACAUCUGAUACCUCCAGCUCUGCUCCCCAUGUUCCCUGUCCCCAUCCCAUUCACCUCAGCCCUAACCUCAGUCACACCUAAGGGCUACAGUCUGACCCCUAACCCCUCACCCCCAACCCACCCGACAGAGCCUCUCACAACCCAGUACUGUUAGGAGUACUGGGGCUAACACGCCACACAGACAAGGCACACCUCUCUGCUACUCUCCUUAAAUUAUCUUUUGGUUGUAAAAGAAAAAGAAAAAUCACGAAUGUAAUCCAGUUUUAAGGAUGCUCAUUGUUUAGUUGCUAUUUGCUCUGUUUCGUUUUGUUUAUUUACCUUAACUUUUAUCCUGUGUUGAUAGUUUGUAAUUGUGUCAUUGUUUAAAAAAGGCAGCAAUGACUUAAGGAAGUUUUUUAAAGGAGUCUAUGUAAAGUAUAUGAAGUAAACACAGUGUUUAAGUCUGUCUAACUGUGGGUCUCUUCUACCACAGCAUUUUCUCCUCAAGUCAAGAACAGGCACACACACAUUAAAGGUGUGGAAAGCACUGGACAAGUAGUCCUUCUCUAAGGAGGCAGUGACUGCUUCCCAAAUGCCACCCUAUUGCCUAUAGAGUGCACUACUUUUGACCAGGCACUAGGGUGCCACCAGGCACUAGGGUGCCAUUUGGGAUGCACAAAUAACAUGGAAACAACUGUGGAUUAUUCAGUGAGGUGAAACGUUCAGAAUGUUACAGAUAGAAAUGGAACGAAUAGAUCAGGCACGAUUCCCAAUAGGAACUUGCCAGAUAUCACAUCUACUCUACACAACACAUAUCUAUCUGAACGUUCUGUAACCCGUGCACCCUCCUGAACAGGGUCAGUAUUUAACCCCGUCUCAUCUCCAAGGCAGUGGAGGGAUGGGAAAAGAGUGGAAAGAGAGAGGGAGGAUGAGAAAGGAAGAAUGCAGCAACCCAGCUCUCACCCCUGAUCAUCACCACAGCACACUGUAACAACAACAUCAGACUGUUCUUAAUGUGAUGCUAGGCAACACAUUAAACAAAUCACCAGCUGGCUGACAGUUUGUUACUCUAUGGAUUGAUACAGUAUCAUAAAGGCAUAACAUCACGGCUGCAACCCGGAAUUGACCAAUCAGAUUGCGAGACCGGAAUGAACCUUAUAUAAUGAGCUGUAGCAAUACAUGUUCAGGUUCAUUUGAAAACCGCAGGAAUUGUWUGAGGACCAAUGAGAACUUUGACACAACCACCAAAGGUAGUGAUUGGGUGCCACCUAUUGGCAAUUGGAGGAACAACAUGAAAGUUCAAACAAAGGUUUCUCAUGGGGCUUCCAACUAAAGAAAUUAGGAUUCAGAUGGUUGUGGUAGAGAAAAGUCCAUUAUACAGGUAACUACAGUCCUUACCUUGACACAGGUAGACAUAUAGGUAGACGUAUUCUAGAGGAAUUCUGUUUCUAUGAUUGACCAUAAAGUAGGAUCUCAUGUCCACACCGUGCCAGUCUACAGUUCUACAGCGCUCUCCCUGAUUUGUGCUGCUCAGAUGGGUCUCAGUGCUGGUGGGCCUUGAUUUAGCAUGUCUGGCACAAUGGAAACAA